AUGGAGGCGAUGAGGAUAGACGAUACAAACAGCGUUGAGCAAGAGAAAUUUCUCGAAACGGCCGUCAAGACCGUGAAAGCCGAAGCCUUUGAGAUGAAGAGAAGUCUGGAUAAAUCAAAAAGAAUGGACGCUCUCAAGCAUGCCUCGAUUAUGCUCGCCGAGCUUCGCACCGGUCUUUUGACACCGAAAUACUAUUAUCGGCUUUACAUCGAUGUUGUCAAUGAGUUGAAUCAUCUCGAAUCAUUUUUGCUUGAUGAGCUUGAAAAGGAAAAAAAGGAGGAAUCAAUCGCUGAAUUGUACGAACACGUCCAGUAUGCGGGAACAAUCAUCCCUCGAAUGUAUUUGAUGAUUACCGUCGGCGUUGUUUACAUGAAGCUUAUGCCACAAAUGAGAGCCGAGCUGCUGAACGACUUGGUUGAAAUGAGUCGUGGCGUUCAGCAUCCAUUGAGGGGGCUUUUCUUGCGACACUAUUUGCUUCAAGUCACAAAAAGCUUGCUCCCCGACGCAGCUGAAGGUGUCGAGCCGGCGAUUCCUGGCUCUGGCACCGUGAGGGACACCAUAGAUUUCAUUAAACUCAACUUCUCCGAAAUGAACAAAUUGUGGGUACGACAACAACACCAAGGUCCGAGCAAAGAACGGGAAAAACGAGAACGGGAAAGAAUGGAACUUCGAAUCCUCGUCGGUACGAAUCUUGUAAGGCUUUCUCAACUGGAACAUCUCACACAAGAAGUAUAUGAAAAGGAAGUUCUACCUAGUAUUCUUGAACAAGUCGUGAGCUGCCGUGAUCCGAUCUCUCAAGAAUAUUUGAUGGAAUGUGUCAUUCAAGUCUUUGCUGACGAGUUUCAUCUUGCCACUUUAAACGAGUUUCUAGCUUCCUGCAAAGAGUUAGCUCAAGAAGUGCAUAUUAAAAAUGUGCUAAUUGCUCUGAUCGAUCGCCUUUCUCUCUACGUGUCGAAUGCUGUUGGUUCAAAUAUUCGCGAAGAAAUUCAGCUUUUUGAAAUCUUUUCGGCACAAGCUGAAGGGCUCAUUCAAAGCCGUUCUGAUAUGCCCAUCGAAGAUAUCGUUUCAUUACAUACGGCUCUUGUUUCUUUGGCGGUAAAAUGUUAUGGAGAAAAGCUGGCCUAUGCAAAUACUGUGUUUUUGAGUCUUGCCAACAAUCUCAAGGAUAAACAAGUUGAAGGGAUCGAUAUGUAUUCGCAUGCCGGAAAGGAGCUUAUACGUGUUUUACGAGUUCCGGUUGAUGAAUAUAAAGAUGUCCUACGUGUUGCCUUAUUGACCGACUAUCCACGUGCAAUGUUACCCCUAAACUAUCGUGGACGUUGCACAGCUUCUGCUUUUAUUUUACAAAAUCUAAUCGACAAUGAAACCGGCUUGAAAUCGACCGAUGACAUCGAUGCUGUUUGUUCGCUAAUAGAGUGUUUACUAUCAGACCAACCUGAUCAACCCGAAGACGCUCAUGAUUCGGAAGAAUUCGCUGAUGAACUGAAUUUGAUUGCCAGUAUGAUACAUCUUAUCAAAGCGGAAGAUCGCGAUGUCCAAUUUUUGUUAUUAAACGGAUUGAGAAAGCGCCUCGGUGCUGGAGGGAAGUGGCGAAUUCGAAAAACCCUUCCUCCAAUUAUUUUCUCAAUUUAUGAGCUCGCUUUGAAUUAUCAGCAAUCCGAUGGAGAUGAGAACUGGGACAUGAAAGUCAGAAAGAUGUUUGUAUGUGCAAUGGGGACUAUCGGAGCCUUGAUUACGACUGGCGAAAUGACCCAGUUACCUCUCAAUCUUUACUUAGAAGGUGCCAUUGUCGCAAAUCGCAUAAAGUUUUCCGAAAAUGCGAUGGUUGUCUACGAGUUUAUUUCAAAAGCUUUAUCUGUAUUGGAAGAUGAGAUAGCGGAUUCACGAGAACGAUUAUCUGCGUUAGCUCUUGUUACAAAUUCGGUUUUAAAGGUUGAUUGCCUUGCUUCUGAAAACUGGGAACCGUUAGUCGGUCAAAUAAUUCUUGCCGGAUCGAAAAUGUUUAAAAAGGCUGAUCAAGUGCGAACGUUGUGCUCGGCCGCUAGUCUCUAUUGGAAAGGAAAGGUUGCUGAAUCAGAGGGUGAACUUCGAAAUGGCAAUAAAGUCACUGAAAUCCUCAAAAAAUCAGCAAAAGUAGCGGCACAGUGCAUGGAACCGCUCGUUCAACAACAAUUGUUCGUUCAUUUACUCAACCAGUAUUAUUACUUUUAUGAAGACGGCUGCACUGUGAUAAGCCCUGACGUUCUCUCCGAGCUUAUCUCUCGAACCCGGGAUGCUGCCAUUCAACUCGAACCAUCGAGAGAAGCUGACGAUAUAGAUCAACACUUGCAACACACUCUUCAGCACAUUCGAAACACCAAAGACAAAUAUCCCGAGCUUGCCGAAAAGCUUCAGAUU